AUGCCCUCUGCGUCUUCUGCAACUGCCUUCCGUGAUGAGCUUGAACAGUUUGCUAAUGCCAACAGCUCGCCACCUGGCAGCCCCAGGCAACCGGCCACGGUUCUCGGAAAACGAAUUCGCCCCGCUGAGAGCACAAAUGAUACUUCCCCUACCCACUCUACAGCACAGCCUGCAGCUAGUACCAACACAGUCAACCGGAACGUCCUCAAGUACGCCAAGAGACUGGGAGCAAAAACGAAGCUUCGUGCCGAGCAGCAAGAGAAGCUCAAUUCUUUUGCCACGGACUCUUCGGCCACUCAGGAGAUGAAGACCUUCUCACUUCUACUCGCCAUUCAGCAGCGGCAAGAUGAGUUUAUCACUAUGCAGGCUCCAUGGGAGCCCUCGGACGAACUAAUUGCCAACAUCCGAAACUACACAAUGGGCGUGUUACUUUCCAGCCGGCUCGCAACAUACAAGGGUGUCGUGCCCAACAACUAUGUUAUGGGCAUCCUCAAACGCUACCAGUUCGACUUGCCAGCAGAUAUCGAGCGCAACCAUGGCCGCUGGUCCAAGGUGAUUAAGGCCAUCCAGAAUGAAAUGACCGAGCAACGGGCGAAGAUCAAAAAGACAUGUGCUAAUGCUUGUCUCACUUAG